AUGGUAGAACGUAUUCAAGAUUCUCUAAAUUCAAGCUCGAAUAGCAUUAUUACGAAUAAUAGAAACAUAGAAGAAAUUCUGAAGUGCUUUAUUUGCUUUGAAAAAGUAAUUGAUGCCAAAUUAUGCCCAUCCUGCUCAAAACUAUGCUGCAAUUCUUGCAUCAUAAAAUGGUUAUCUAAAAAGCCAGAAUGCCCUCAUUGCAGGUCUCCUUUAAGACACCAGAAUUUGGUUAAUGGACGUAUUGUUUCAGAAAUAUCACAAGCCUUAGAAUCUCUUCAAGUAUCUAAACCAGAGCCAAUAGAAAAAUGUGCUGCACAUUCAACUCCACUUUCUUAUUAUUGUUUGACUUGCCUUAAAGCAGUUUGUUCUGAUUGUGCAAUGUUUGGCUUAGAGCAUAAAAAUCAUGAAUUUCAGCGUCUUUCUACAGUUCAUGAAAAACAUGUAGAAAUUAUCAAGCAUGAAUCACAAAUUCUUACCUAAUUUACUGGAUUUUAGUGGCUCUUCUGAUAAAUAAUGGGAAUAAAUAAUUUUUUAAGUUAAUUAUAUUGCGAAAAAUAAAUUUAAUAAUGGAGAUUUAGAAGAAGAAUUUGAGAACUUUCUUCAAUUUUGCAAGAAAUUGAUUUAAAUAUUGCAAAAGUAAAAAAGAGCAAUGAAGAAAAGAGUAAUGAAUUGAUUUCCUCGGUUCAGCAAAUGCAAGAAAGAUUGGAUUCAGAGCUAGAAAAUAGGCUGCAAGUUUUAAAUAAACAAAAAGAAACUUUAAGUGAAGAAAUUGAUCAUUUGGAAAAUAUGCAUAUUAAAAUUAGCAAACAGUUAAUCAAUAAUGCAAAAAGCAAACUUAUCGCAAAAACUCCAAGAAUAAUCAAAACCCUAAAGGAAUUGCAUUUAGCCCCUUUACCUCCUUUAAUACCUGUGCCCUCUGAAUUUCCUUCCGAGAUAAUUCCUAACUACGACUCCGAAAUUUUUGAAAUUAACCACUACACCGUGCUCAGAUCGUCAACUGAAGUGGUUUAUUCCAAAAUCCUCCAAUCUGACGGAGUUUCCUGAAGGCUCAAAGUAUAUCCAAACGGAAAUGGCGUGGCUCGAGACAGCUAUCUCUCAGUAUUCAUAGAGAUGAUUAAAGGAUUCCAAUACUCCUCAAAAUACGAGUACCGUAUAGAAAUGGCCAACCAUUUAAGCUCAAACUUAUGUGUUGCUAGAGAAAACACUUCAGAAUUCGAGCCUGGAGAAUGCUGAGGGUAUAACCGCUUCUUUAAAAUCCAGCUGCUAAAAGAAGAAGGCUAUUUAAAUGAAGAAGACACAAUUCUACUAAGAUUUUUCGUAAGAGCUACCACUUAUUCACAGAAAUGCAGGGACCAGAAGCAUUAUAUUAACUAUUUAGAAGCAAGCAAAAACAAUCUACAAGAACAGCUAAAAAAUUACAAAGAAAAAUGUGAAAAAAAUGCGUCGGUUUUGGAUUCUGAUGAAAAUCCACUAGAAAAAAUAGAAGAAGAAAAUUUAGAAGAGGAAAAAGAUGGAGAAGAGAUAGGAAAAGAAGAUGAAUUAGGGAUAUUGCAGAAACAAAUUGAAAUAGAGUGGAAAGUUAAAAAUGAAGGAGAAGAAGUCAAAAAAGUGUCUAGAGAUGAAUUAAAUACAGUUUUGCAGCGGUAUAUGAUGACCCCAGAAGAGGUAAGCUCUCUAAGUUCAGAAUCUGCAGAAGACUGUCAGGAGUUUGGAUCUCGCAGCUGCUCUGAUAUUCUUCUCCAUGAUCUUUUAGACCCCUAUGAGCCAGAAAUCUCGAAUUCCCAUACAAAUUCUGAGCCCUUUAGGUAG